GCGUGCUACGGGUGGCCCGUUGGGCCAAAGUUGUGGCGCUCGGUCUUUUCCAGGCGCUGCGCUCGGAAGGAGGCCGAGAUGCCUCGCUAUGCGCAGCUGGUUAUGGGUCCCGCGGGGAGCGGGAAGAGCACUUACUGUUCCACCAUCGUCCAACACUGCGAAGAACUGAAUCGCUCGGUCCAGGUAGUGAACCUUGAUCCCGCUGCAGAACACUUUGACUAUGAUGUCAUGGCAGAUAUCCGGGAAUUAAUUGAAGUGGACGAUGUCAUGGAAGACGAUUCUCUAAGGUUUGGCCCCAAUGGUGGCUUAGUAUUUUGUAUGGAAUACUUGCAAGUAACUUUGACUGGCUGGAAGGAUGUCUUGGCCACGUGGAAGACGAUUAUAUACUCUUUGAUUGCCCAGGUGCUUUUACCUGGUGGAAUCGGGCCUUGA